AUGGGCGCCACGAAAGACGAUCAUGUCAUGCAAUUGCUGAGUGACCUGAAGACGACGUUGGAGAAGGAGAAUGCUAAGACUAAGGCUGAGGAGGAGAGUAUUAAAGAAGAAGAAGAAUCUCUGGUCGCUGGUCAUCCCAGCUCCUUCCUAGAGCUUGGCAGAGCCCGCCGUCACAAGGUCGUCCUCCCGCCUGCUGCCGAGAGAGCCCUUUCGAAGGCCGAGGCUGAGUUGAGUCAGCUCCAAGCCGAGUUGAGUAGAGGCGCUGUUUAA